ACACACACACUGAUCAGUACUAAACCUCACACACACACGCACACACACACGGGGCUGGACUCACAAUCAGCCGGGUCUUACCAUUGCCGUCUUCGGCUCCACAGCCGCCUGAACAUUUGGGAAUUUCAAGUGGUUUUAAUGUUCGCCAGAGCGAGCGAAACCUGCCAUCAUGGGAUUGCAAUUACCAGCCAAUGUGCUGAAGUGAGCUGGAUUUUUCCUCCAGUUUAAGCCCCGCCCCUCCCCCAGGGGCCACUCCCCCUCCAUCCCACCGGAGGACCAGCAAUCAUGGCAGGAAUCAAGCGCGGGUAUGACGGGAAGAUCGCCGGACUGUAUGACCUGGACAAGACAUUGGGCCGCGGGCAUUUCGCCGUCGUCAAACUAGCACGUCAUGUCUUCACCGGUGAAAAAGUGGCAGUCAAGGUAAUAGACAAGACCAAGCUUGACACGGUCGCGACCGGUCACCUCUUCCAGGAAGUCCGCUGUAUGAAACUGGUCCAACAUCCCAACAUCGUUCGGCUCUAUGAGGUCAUCGACACACAGACCAAACUCUACCUGAUCUUAGAGCUCGGCGAUGGUGGCGACAUGUUCGAUUACAUCAUGAAGCACGAAGAGGGACUGAACGAAGAACUGGCCAAGAAAUAUUUUGCGCAGAUUGUGCACGCCAUCUCAUACUGUCACCGCUUACACGUGGUUCAUCGUGACCUAAAGCCAGAGAAUGUGGUGUUCUUUGAGAAACAGGGCCUGGUCAAGCUCACCGACUUCGGCUUCAGUAAUAAGUUCCAGCCAGGAAAGAAGCUGACCACCAGCUGUGGCUCGCUGGCUUAUUCUGCCCCUGAGAUCUUGCUGGGAGAUGAGUACGAUGCACCUGCUGUGGAUAUCUGGAGUCUCGGGGUCAUCCUCUUCAUGCUGGUGUGCGGUCAACCCCCCUUCCAGGAGGCCAAUGACAGCGAGACCCUCACUAUGAUUAUGGACUGCAAAUACACUGUACCUGCCCACGUCUCAAAUGCUUGCAAAGACCUGAUAAACCGAAUGCUUCAAAGGGAUCCAAAGAGGCGAGCAUCGCUGGAGGAGAUUGAGAGCCACGCGUGGCUUCAAGGGGUGGAUCCAUCUCCAGCCACCAAAUACAACACUCCUCUGGUGUCUCAUAAGAAUCUUUCUGAAGAGGAACACAACAGCAUCAUCCAGCGCAUGGUCCUGGGAGAUAUCGCAGAUAGAGAAGCCAUCGUCGAAGCCCUGGAGACAAACAAGUACAACCACAUCACUGCUACUUACUUCUUGUUGGCUGAACGGAUCCUGAGAGAAAAGCAGGAGAAAGAGGUGCAACCUCGUUCUUCCAGUCCCAGCAACAUCAAGGCCCAAUUCAGGCAGUCAUGGCCAACUAAAAAUGACUUGCAUCAGGACAUUGAGGACAGCUUAGCUUCUUCAUCUAUUUGUCAUGCUGGGGGUCCACAGUCUCCAGCUCGCAGUGCAGAGAACCUGCUGAAUGGUCAUCGCAAUAAAGGACUUUUGGAAGUGAGCCGCAGAGAGGAGAUCUGCGAAGCUUCCAGCAGCUCUCCUGCACCUGCUUCUCUGCCACCAAACCCCCUUAAGCCUGGGGUCAUGGCCCCACUUGCAUCUGCUUCAGCCAAGCAACGAACCUGCCUCUUUCGAGUGGAAGAAGAUGAGGAGGAGGAAGAAGAACAGGAGCCUUCACCGUUGCCCACACAGGUCGUAUUGCGGCGCAAACCACUGUCCAUCACCAACCGGCUGACAUCUAGAAAAAGUGCCCCAGUGCUUAAUCAGAUCUUUGAGGAGGAAGGAGAAUCAGAUGAUGACUUUGACAUGGACGAGAGUCUUCCACCUAAGCUCAGCCGGUUGAAGAUGAACAUGACAUCUCCAGGUACAGCACAGAAGCGCUACCCCCGGCGCAAAAGUCAGGGCCGUGGUUCCAGCUGCUCAAGCUCCGAAACCAGUGAUGAUGAUUCAGAGAGUCAUCGUCGACGACUAGACAAAGACACAGGGUUCACCUACAGCUGGAACCGCAGGGACAGUAGUGAGGGUCCGCCUGGAAACUCUGGGGGUAAUGGGGGUGGCAGUAGCGGAGGCCAAAGCAAACCACCUGGGGAAGGUAACUCAGGACCAGACAAGGGCAGUCCUCCAGGGGGAGGCAGUGGUGGUAGUGCAGGAGGGGGAGGUGGAGGUGGUGGAAGUACAAAAGGACAGGGAGGCCCUUCCAGCUGCUCCCGCAGCAGCAGCAACAACAACAACGCUUCAUCUGGCUCAUCACGUAGUGCAGCUCGAAGCGCAGGGGAACUAGUAGAGAGUCUAAAACUCAUGAGUCUCUGCUUAAGUUCUCAGUUUCAGCAUCGCAGCUCUGGAGGAGGUGGUGGCGGACGGUUCAUCCUUGAUCCUCAGAGCCUGUCCAGCGUUAAAGUCCAGGAGAAGUCCUCCUGGAAGAUGUGCAUUGGCUCCAACAACAGUCUAGAUAAAGUUAUCAACCCUGCCUUGAAUGGUGGCGUUGGUGCAAUGGAGCAUUAUCAAGACCAAACAGCAGUCAUGUUAAAUGAACUUGGCCUGGUCAAAGAGAACAAUCUGAACUUGAAAAAUAAUGUUCUCCAGCUACCUCUGUGUGAAAAGACCAUCUCGGUGAACAUCCAGCGAAGCCCCAGGGAUGGGCUACUCUGUGCCUCAGCCCAGGCCAGCUGCUGCCAGGUCAUAUGACGGCACGGCUCACGAUUGGUUCACAGAGUCGGAUCGUUCCUAUUGCCACAUUUGUAGCAUAUGAUGACUUGAGUUCUCCACCAGUAGCUGUAUAUGACCUCUCUUGAUCCCAACUUGACCUUUAAACCUGCCUUCUAUGUUGUCUUAAUCAUUCUCACAACUUAUUUAUUAAGUUUCUUCUCUUGGACCCAUUGGUUUUUAAUGAAGUGCACGCUGCUAGUCUGAACUUUUUUUUGUGUCUUUAUUGUUUUGCCCAAUUAGACUUUAGUGUAAUUUGGUAUUUAUUUCUGGUUAUUGUCCUUUUAUAGCCCUUGAAAUGAAAUGCUCUGAACAUGAAUUCCAUGUUUCCAACGCCACUCAAUCAAUCAAGAUUUGCGGAAGCCGUGUGUGUAAAAUGACCCUUAAUAAACUGGAAUUUAAAUAAGACCAAUAGGAUGUUCGAGCAAGAUGUGGCGAUUUUUAAAACAAGCACUUAAAAGAAGUUCAGCCUAUAAAUACCACAAGUCAUUUUGUAAAUGGAAGCCCAGAUGUGAUUGUAAUGAGAUGGUUAUACAGUAAAAGCAAUAGUGAGAGUAGAGAACGAAACUUGUUUUAAUUCAUAGUGCUGUCUGAUCAGUCUUAAAGUCAACGACCAUUUUGGGAUUGCUUCACCAUUUUUAAAGUGCUAUUGACUGUUUCCGUUGAUAAUCUUUAGUAUAGAUCAGUGGUCACCAAACUUGUUCCUGGAGGGCCGGUGUCCUGCAGAUUUUAGCUCCAACCCUAAUCAAACACACCCGAACGAGCUAAUCAAGGUCUUGCUAGGUGUACUUGAAACAUCCAGGCAGGUGUGUUGAGGCAAGUUGGAGCUAAACCCUGCAGGGACACCGGCCCUCCAGAACCGAGAUUGGCGACCCCUGGUAUAGAUGAACAUUGAGGUUCGUGACAAUCAGUUGCAAUAACAAGGGAAAUGUUUAAUAGGGAAUUUCCAAAAGGAGGUUAUGAUUAUUGCCGAUAUCUUGUAUUUGUUUCUUAAAAUAUCACGACAUUCACACGUUCCACAUGUUCUUAAUCUACAUCACCGUUUGGUUUGGUUGUAUAUUUAAGGAAACGUUUGGGAUUUAAGUGCAAUUUAUAGUCAAGCUGGUCAAUUUAACAAGCCCACAUGCGAAAUGCCCUCUUAAGUAAUAAUGUUUUGCCAAAUUUGCAUCCCAGACAGCACUGUGGAUACACCCACACGUAAAUGCAAUGCGUUCUUAUCGAAUUAUAAACUUACAAAUUCACUACGGUGCAAGUAGAGUCUGCAAUUAGGAUACUUUAAACACCAUUCAAAGCUCAGUGGGGGUAAUUAGCCUUUACAAUGCUGUCUCUGCCGGAGUAAAAUCAAACCCGCAGACAGUGAUAGUAUUCAGCUGGUGUAGUUCUGAAUAUUUUAAUGGGAAUCGUUAAGCCAGUGGCCCUAUUUCUUAACGUCGUUAUUACAGAUAAAAUCUGAAUGGAGAGAAGUGAUUCCUUGGCUUGAGAAAUCGUUGUCGUUUAUUCUCUCACCACUGUUGUUCUUGUACAAUUCAGCUUCGAGUUACUGUAUAUACCAGUCUCAGAAUCGACUGGCCUUAGGGUCUGUUUAUAAGUAUGUACAUAUAUUUUUUUAAAAGUUUAUUUUUUUUAAAGGACUGCUGUUUUAAAAUGCUGUUUUGGAUGUGAGCCUUAAACCGGCUCGUUAGAUGGAAUGAAACGGGGCUUUUUUUUUUGACAACAUAAAUGGAUUAUCUUCUAUUCAGCGGAUGGUCAGUCUUUUUAUUCAAGAGUUGGCCAUCGGGUGACCAUCAACUUGGCAUAGAAAUAAAGCUCUACAGGACUGCGAGUGUGAAAGGUGAUCGGUUGUGAGAUUUUAAGGGCAUUUGCAAUAAGCUAAGCUAUAAGUUGCAGCUAUAUGUAAAUAUCAGUUUUGUUUUUGUUUUUAUAUUUCAAGCCUGUACAUCCUUCAAAUGGCUCACUUGACCCAAAUUUAUCUUAAGUAUUUCUGUUUGUUUUUGUCUUUUUCGUUUUUAAAAAUAAAAGUGUGUAAAUAUUGGUGUAAAUAUGGUGCUCUACACUUAGAAAUGCAGUGUUGGACUUCUUGUUCAUAGCUGUGAUAUAGCCUUAUUAGAUAUGAGUGUCAAAUACAGAGCAGGUUUAAAAGGAAAAAAAACAAAAAACCCAGUGCUGUAUGCAUAAUGUUAGUCUCUGACUUUGUCCUACCCUAAUGUAAACAGCUAAACGACAUGUGCAUGUGUUGUGCGUUUGACAUUACUGAUCCACGUUCGUUCAGAGGAGAAGAACCACCACAAAAAUGUUACAGGACCAAACCAUGUACUGACGUUAAAAGAAAAAGAAAAAAAAACACCUUUGAAGAAGCAAAAUGGAUAAAUGUUCUGUUGCUGAAACUUGUCUUUAAAAGUUACAUAUAGCUAUGGUGAUGUCCGAAAUUAAAUGUGAAAUAUGUUGUCUUUAAA